UCUCUUUCUUGGUCCCAGUGAAUGGGUUCAUGUUUUGACAAGGCUUCUUUGCAUAGUUCUUCUGGUGGUAACAACAGAGGUUGAUUCUGUGUUUUCAAUCCUUGUGUUGAAUUAAUUGAGAUAACAUGGAUCUGGUGAAGCUCUGUCUUUCACCUUUGUGUUCUUGCAUGCAAAGCCCUGUUGUGCGUCAGGACAUGAGCUAUGUAUUCUCCACCAAAGAGAAACUUGAUGACGUGAAGAACGCCAUGGAAGCUCUCAUGGCCAAGAAGAAGGAUAUUAAGAGAGAUCUUGAUAGUCCUCAAAACAAGGGGAAACUACCCAACAAUCAACUUCAACUCUGGCUUGACAAGGUUGGGGAAAAGGAUGAUAAGGUAGAACAAUUAUUGGAUGAAUAUCGCAAAGGUAAUUGUGGUGCAGGCUCUUGUUCUCUAAAUUGUUUUUCAAGGUAUAAGAUUAGCAGUGAUGCAAUCAAAUUGGAAAAGGAGAUCAAUCAAUUGAAAGCAGAACAGUUGGAAAUCUCACUUGUGGAGAUACCACCGCCUAAACUAGUUCCUACGUCUCACAGGAUAUUUGGGAAAGGUAUUAGCUCCAAGCUUGACACUGUUUACACUUGCCUAGCAGAUGAAACAGUCGGAAUGGUUGGCAUAUGGGGCAUGGGUGGUGUUGGCAAGACAACACUCUUGAGAAAAAUCUACCAAUCAUUGUUAGAUGAUGCAAACAUGCGAUUCGAUCAUGUGUUAUUUAUUGAAGCUUCACAAAAUAUUCAGCUAGAAAGACUUCGGGAAGAAAUUGCUAAAAAGUUAAAGUUGGCCUCUUCUGCUGGUGAAGACAUCUUCAAUGCCCUAAAACUUAAAAACUUUGUAUUGCUCUUGGAUAAUAUAUGGGAGCAAGUAGAUCUUCCUGGUCUUGGAAUUCUCGAUCCUUAUGGUGGCAAUAGUUCCACCAAACAAUACAAACAUAAGGUCAUUUUCACUACUCGAUCGGAAGAUGUGUGUGCCCAGAUGGGAGCAAAAAAAAGGAUAAAAAUGGAAUGCUUGAAACCAAAUGAAGCAUGGGAUCUCUUCAAGGACAAUGUUAAUCUAGAUGUUAUUGAGUCAGACAAAAUGAUUAAUGGGAUAGCAAAGGAAGUGGUGAAGAAGUGUGGUGGUUUGCCACUCGCUUUGCAAGUGAUUGGUAAGGCUAUGUCAAACAAAAAAACUGUCCAAGAGUGGGAAUUUAUUUUGAGUUCGUUAAACAAUUCAAGUACUGGAGUAGUUCAAGGUGUCGAGGAAUCAUUACUUCCGAUUUUGAAAUUCAGUUAUGAUAGUCUUCCUAUUAAUAUGAAUAUCAAGGAGUGUUUCUUGAGUGCUUCCAUGUUGGGAUGGACAUCUAAAGAUUACCUUGUAGAAUGUUGGAUGGGUUUAGGCCUAAUUACUGAUUUUGUCAAUUUGCAACAGGCAUAUGGCAAAGCAGGACAUAUUUUUAACAUUCUAGAGGAAUCAUGUUUAUUGUGUUUUUAUGAAGAUAGUGUUGUGCACUUACAUGAUGUAAUUAAUGAGAUGGCAAUGUGGAUUGCAUUAGACUGUGGGAUGAACAAGAAUAAAUGGAUAAUGAAAAGAUAUGAUGGGUUGGCAGAAAUACCAACAAAUGACGCAGAGAAUUGGAGAUAUGCAAACAGAGUGAUUAUAGGUGGCAUGGAGCUUUUGCCAACUUUGUCUCAUCAGUGUUCUAACUUGUUAUGUCUAAUGAUAGUAAAUAGUUCUUAUUUGCGAAAUAUUCCUGAAGGAUUUUUCCAACAAAUGCCAAAUUUGAUAUAUUUGGAUCUUUCAGGCACUGCUAUCAAAGAGCUUCCGAAGGACAUUAAAUAUUUGAUUAAUUUACAAUACCUAAACAUUUCAUCCACGAGGAUCUCGUCACUUUCAAAGGAAUUGGUAUAUUUGAAUAAAUUACAAUAUCUGAUAUGCAGAAAUUUGACAGGGCUUGGUAAGGUAGAGGAUGGUCUCAUUUCAAGAUUACAGAAGUUGAAGAUCCUUGACCUAUAUCCAUAUGGAUGGGUGGAACUGAAAGACUUAAAUAUAUUGAAGAAACAUCUCAAAGCAAUUGGAAUGCGUGUAGUAUCACAAGAGGUUCUCCAACAACUCUCAUGUUUGCCAACUACCAAGCUUUUUAUAGAAAAUUUGGAUAGCUUGAUCUCUCUUUCAUUCGAAACAUUAAGUUGCAAAAAUCAUGGAUUCUUGCAAGAACUAGAAAUUACAUCAUGCCCACAACUUGAGGAGCUUGUCAUGAAUGGAAGUGAGACUCGUCUCAAUAACCUCAUAGUCUAUGAUGUCAAGAAACUGCAGAAUAUUAUUUGGACAGACUUAUCACCUCCAAAAAUUUUUCAUAUGUUGACGAGCUUAUAUAUAUGUGAAUGCAAUUUGGUUAGCUUUGCUUGGGUUCUACAUCUCCCAUGUCUUUUUUAUUUAAAUAUAGAAGAUUGUCCAGAGACAGAAACGUUGUUUUAUAUCGAAGAGAGAGAAAUCCAACAGGUCUUGGAACGCCCUAAUACUUUCCCUGCCCUGCAUUCUUUAUUUUUGUUUAACCUACCAAAAUUAAUGAGCAUGAGCAAUGCCGCAUUGGAUUUCCCUCAACUUUCAUGGUUUUCAAUACAUGAAUGUCUUCAUCUUAAGAAGCUUCCAUUCAAGCAUGGCAUUAACAACAGCGAAAGAAUUAAUAUUUAUUGUGAGGGAGGAUGGUGGGAAAGCUUAGAGUGGGAUGAUGCCACCAUCCCACCUCACCUUUCACCAUCUCACUAUUGGGACGGGAGUGAUGCAGGCUCAUUUAGUUGAAGUGAAUGAAAGAUCUUUGAAUAUUCUCUUUUUUUUUGUCUGCAAAAGUUAAAGAUCAUCUCAUGCUCAAACAAAGUCUUUAAUUUCAUGGCUUCUGCAUCUCCAACAGCUUCUCAGAUCAAGUACAAAUACUAUUUUGGAUUUGAUCAGUGAUCUACCAAAUUUACAGUGCAAUUAUGCUUUGGAUUGUUCUUGUGCUGUUUUGGGUUCGCUUCUCAAAUAUAUAUGAACACUUCGAUUGGUUUAUUAUUUAUGCCUGUGCGAAUACAUGUUAUUAUUUGCUUUGGAAGUCAAAGGUUUGCUUGUUAUUAUCAUGUAUAUUUUCUAAAUUAAGUAUGGCAUGGAAGUUCAGUGAUUGAAGACAUUAUUUGUUGGAUUGUAUCUUUCAUUCAAACUAUUUUCAAGUAAGUUAUGCUUUCUGAAGAUGUUGGAUAGUAAAAUGUUGUUUAUCUAUUAAUAUCACUUACAUUGCUAAGGAUAAU